UUGCCAAGUAUUUUUAUUUGAAAAUUGUACCUUUUUUUUGUUUACUUUAUAUUUACUAUUAAUAUGUCAUAUUAUUAACCACGUUUAUUUACAGUAAGGAACGUCCUCAUGUAAAAGCAUUUUUCUAUCAUCGUGUCUCUCUUCUGUUUUUCAUUGGUUCAGAUCCCACUAAGCAAGCUAACAAAAAAACAUUUUAAAACUGCAUUUUCAGAAGUUUGGGGGGUUAAGGCAACGCUUUAGUAAUUCAGAGCGAAUGACAAAUUGUGCUUAAAAUUCUUCUUCAUGUUCAUGUUAUUUACACCUUUCAAGGUGUUAUCUAAGGGGAAGUCUCCUUGUGUGGGUGAGUAUUUGGGUAACGGCGAACCUCCAAAAACGGAGGAAAAAAAAAAAAAGUUCAAAUGGAUGCCCCGAGUUGUUUCUCUUAUCUCCUUCCAGCCGUCUGCAGUCGUCACCAAAGUCAUGUUUUCCAAAGCUACGGACAAAUUCGUCCGUCAGGUUGACCCCGAAGGAAGCCUCAUUCACGUCUCCCGGGUCAAUGACUCAAAGAAACUGGUUCCCAUGGCACUGGUCGUGAAACGCAACCGCACCUGGUUCUGGCAGAAACCCAAGUACCAGCCGACAGAUCUCACCCUCAGCGACUUGUUGCAAGGCGACAAGGUGCUCGCUCCCGUCGUGUCCAAGAAGGUAUUCCUGACCUUCGAGGGGACGUAUCGGGGGAAUGUCUCCGGGACGCUGGGCACGGAGGUGGGGUCGUCCAGCGCCACUCUGCGGGGGGAGGGCUCAUGCAAGCUCCAGUCGUGUUUCGGCAAACUGAAUAAAGAGGAACUGGACGUGAGGAAGCUGCUACAGGACUCCAGCGGCAGGCUGGUGGAGAUGCAGAAUCCGCUGAUGCAGCAGCUGGAGAAGCGGGCCGACGUGCUGGCGGUGGUGAAGGAGAGGGUCCUGACCACCAAGCCCUGCUCCAUCACUCAGACGCAAAAGGAGCAGUGCAGCUUUCAGGGGAUCCUCGGGCUGCUCGGCAUGCUGGGGAAUUCCGUUAAGGUGUUUUCAAAGGACAGCAGCAACGUCGAGGUGGAAAGCGUUGUUUCCUUGGAGGUUCCCUCUGGUACGGUCAUCGCUUACAGCAUCCUGGAGCUGGAGAUUAAAAAAAAUGGUCACUUUGAUAUUUGCCUACAACCCGGCACGAUAGGAGGCAUUGAGGCCGACUCGUUUGCGUCCUGGCCAUCCGACGACCCCUUGGACAUGGUGGACAGAGGGUGCAACGGAGAGAAAGUAGCCACGAGGACACCGCCCAGCGGACCACAGGAGAUGGACCUCUCUCCUCUGGCACAGCUCCCCGAGUUCACCCGGUGGUCCUUCUUCAAAAGACUCCAAGAGGCUCUGAUGGACAGAACCGCUCUGUCUUAUAUGGAGUGUGUGCUGGAGGAGUUGUGCAGUGGCGAAACGCUCGACAUAGCCGAGGGCGAAGAACUGUCGGAGCGUGACAGGGAAUCCUUGUCGGCCCUGCUGGACGGCGACGCCGAGGACGGCCGGGGUCACCUGAGCGCAGCUCACCUUCUGCUCAGCGCCAUGGAAGAGCUGCCUGAUCAAACUCUGAGCCUCUUGAGCGAGAGUUGUCCUGAUUUUCUGCAGGCCUUGGACAUACUGAUGUGCCGGCUAAAGGAGGGCAGCGAGGCCGUCUCCAUCCAGUGCCUCCCGCUCCAUCUGCAGGACAACCCGGCCUUCGAGCUGGCAGAGCAGCUGCUCGGCUCCACCCAGGUGACACUGAGGAGAGACAGCCACAGGCUGUGGACGGAGACGGCCGAUGAGGUUCUCCACUUGGUCCUCUGUCUCAGCGUACAGGGAUUGUCCCUGCUGUGCAAAGGGCUAAAGUAGCGGUGGUGUCAGCAAGAGCACUUUUUUCUAUAUUUGUACCCCAAUUUCUUUCUUUAAUGUGACGUUUAUUAUGAAUUGGGAUAACAUCUUCAUCCUAUCAUCAUCAUAAUGACUAUAACUAUAAUGAUUUUUCUCCACUAAUAUAUAUAUAUAUAUAUAUAUAUGACUUACCAAGCAUAUUUUAUACAAAACAUGAGAUAUCUACAUUUUAUCAAGAUUCUUGUACUUGACUGCAGCUAUGACAUGGUUCAUAGAUUCAUCUUUUAUAGCUUAUAAGCACCUUACAUAAUUCUAUCCAGCAAAGCAUUUAUCGUCAAAUUCUUUUUUAUGAAUACAGUUUUACUGAUGUAUUUAUAAAUGUUCCUGCUCACUUUGCAAACUUUUUUUGUUAAGAAAUGGGCUGCUCACAUUUAAGUGAACAAUCUCAAAUGCCUGGUGGUUAAGCUGAAAUCAAUUUGUAUUUCUCAGCUCAGGAAGUAUUGAAAUGUGGUUGAUGUUACGUUUUACAAAAAUGUUAAAUGUUAUGCAUGUUAACGGUACAUAAAAUGAUAACAUUGUUACAUUUAUACAGUAUGCUGAAAACUGUUGCAUAUUGUUGAUAACAUUUUAAAUGAGUACUUUAUUUAUCAACAAAACUAUAUUUUUAACAUUCUCUAAAAUACUGGUAACAAAGAAGAUUAUUAUUACAUUAUAUUCAAAUGCAGUAUUCAUGUUGUAUGUGAUGUUUAUUUUUUAUGAAGUUUAGUGAAGCUCCCUCUGCCAUAGCUUUACUGCCACUUUCCUAUUUGUCCAUUAUCAUAGUAAUUCAUUGUUUACUGGGAAAGAGAACUCCACAUUUGACUUUUUAAUAUAUUAAGUGCAAAGAUUUUCAAAAUGUAUUAAGUCUCUUUGUCAUUACUCUAUUAAAGUCUUCCAGAAAUGGCAGAUGAAUCGGUGAAGAAAUGUCUUGCAAAUUGACAAAUUGCAAAAAUUCUUUCUUUGAAAAUGUUUAUAUGAUGUCAUGCUGUCGAAAAGCUGAAAAAAUAAAACUUAAAAAACAA